AUGUGGGCCUUUGCCUGCCUUCUUCCCAUCCUUUGCAGACCCAACUUUGCGGCGUCGCUUGACAAAGAUCACGAGGCCAUCCACAAGCAGAUCCAGAUCCAGGUCCAAGCCGAUGGCUCUCUCGCGUCCAUGGCUGCAGCACAGGUGAUGCGCCGGCAGAAGGGCCAGCUUUUGACAUCGACCUCGGAUGUCAGCAAUCGCUCUGCGCCAGAGCUCGGGCAUGCAGAGAAGGACAAAGCCUCGGUAAAUGAGACAAACAUCCUGGGCCCUCUCGCCAAUGUCACCCAUGCAGGGAAGGGCACGUUGCCCAGCGAGUGGCUACGUAG